AUGGCCAAUGUCACCACCAUGAUGGAAUUCCUCCUCCUGGGGUUCUCGGAGGUACGGGAGCAGCAGCUGGUCCACACCGUGCUGUUCCUCCUGCUGUACCUGGAGUACUUCUUCCUCAGGCACCUGUCCAUCCUCGACCUCUGUUACAUCUCCACCACUGUCCCCAAAUCCAUUGUCAACUCCCUGACUGACCGUAGAGAAAUUUCUUUCCUGGGCUGUGUCUUCCAAGUGUUUGUCUUCAUAUCUUUGGCAUCUACCAAAAUGGCCUUGCUCACUGUGAUGUCCUGCAACCGCUACGUGGCCAUAUGCCUCCCCCUGCGCUACGAGUUCGUCAUUAGCCGAGGGGCCUGUGGGAAGAUGGCAGCUUCUUCCUGGUUCAGUGGGAGUCUUUCUGGACUUAUGCAAACAGCAGUGACCUUCUCUCUACCCUUCCGUGGGUCCAAUGAGAUCCACCAGUUCUUCUGUGAUAUCCCCCAGCUCCUGAAACUCUCUGGUUCUGACUGGAUCAUGGCAGAGAUGGACAUUUCAGCCCUCAUUGCAUGUCUUGCCUUCAUCUGUUUUGUCCCCAUGAUCAUCUCCUAUGUCUGCAUCUUCUCAGCCGUGCUGAGGCUACGGUCCUCAGAAGGCCAGAACAAAGCCUUCUCCAUCUGUCUGCCCCACCUCGUCGUUGUGGCUUUCUUCUUCUCCAUCGGUUCCUUCGCUUAUCUGAAACCGCCCUCUGACUCUCCCUCAUUUCAAGACCUGCUGGUGUCCGUGUUCUACACGGGGGUGCCCCCUACACUGAACCCCCUCAUCUACAGCCUGAGGAAUAAGGACAUGAAGGCUGCCCUGAAGAAGGAUCAUAGGAAGGGAGAGGUUCACUUAGAAUGGAAUAUUUUUAAAGAGAUUGCAGCUCUGUCGGGUGGAAAGAACAGGGAGCUGGAGGACAUGAAGUCAUCAUUUUGGAGCUGA